AUGGAGGUGAUAAAAUAUUUUAAGUACGUUCUUCUGGUGACGAUCGCGAUCACAUUUCCGGUAUUGGCUUGCUUCUUCCUGGUCUUCCGCGGGCUGCUGCAUUUUUAUCUCAAGUUAAAGCACGGCGAAGACUUUUACGGAUUAAUGGACGGAUAUGACACGGUGUGGGAAGUGCACGAGACGUCACGAGGGCAAAUAACUAUUCUGGGGACGUUCGAUUUUGACGAGGAGAAAAAUGGCGACGUGUAUGACGCCUUCGUACGGCAGAUCCACCAACCGGAACUGCGUCGUUCAUGUCGUAAGGCGGCAAUGCGCCGCCGCCACCUACUCGGAUACAAUUACUACAUCGAAAUGGAUCCCUACGACGGGCUGGUGCAGAAAAUGCCACCGUACGAGGAUGAAGAAGACGUCAGACGCAUGCUGAGCGCGUGCAGCAAUCAACCGAUCGGUCCGCAAGACGAUAAGAUGCUCGAGUUUCUCGUCGGCACCAAGCCGAUCCGCUUCGCGCAAAACGGAAGGUUCGAAUAUCCGAUUAUAAUGAAGAUGCAUCACAGCCUCGGUGAUGGAAUCGCGCUGAUGAACUUCUGCAUCACAGGUCUCGGUCGCGAUCCGGCCGCUUUUCUCAAGAAAACCGAAGAGGAUUUCCGCAAGAUGUUUAAAAUUAAAAAGAACGAUCAGGGCAAUGACGCCGCACGCCCGGAAGACGCAGCAAAUGAAGCGGAUGCAAAUGCGGAAGAAGCCAGCACAACGCCAAAGAAGGGCACAAUGCAAUUAGGCAAAUUGUUACGUAAAGUAAUGACUAGCAAGUUUUACCAUCCACUCUUCGGCAAACCCGAUGCGAAUUUACUGCACGGUAAAACGCUCACGGGCAGGAAGAAUUUGGUAUGGAGUCGCGAUAUGGGCAGAGAUUACGUGCGCGCGGUGAAAAAUAUUAAAAGCCGCUUUGAUGGCGUCAGCUUCAACAAUGUCCUAUUUGCGGCGCUCGCGGCCAGCUUCAGCGAAUACUAUCAGAAACACGAUCCAGAUAAUGUGCCCGAUUACAUCGUCAACGGCAUAGUCCUGUUGCCUUUUAUUCCCAAGUUUGAGGACAUGGUCACGAUCGUUGAUGGAAAAGUAGAAGCGCUGGAUUUGUCGAAUAAGUUUGUUGUUGCUUUCUUGAAACUUCCAUUGAUUUCCAACGGUUCUGUGGAGGCAAACCUACUUGAUUUAGUUGAUCGUGUUAAAAGAGAGAUUAUCAGUUUAUCACAGAGUCUUGAUAUUGCUCUCACAAUAUUCUUUAUGAAAUAUUUCGCUUACAUAAUGCCGUUGCCACUGGUGAAAUUUAUUAUGAGUUAUUUCGAUUCCACAAUCUCUGCGAGUAAUUUACCGGGACAUGGACGUUUGGAAAUGUUUCAUGGCGGACAUAUUAAUGAUUUAUACUUUUGGAUUCCUAACAUUAAAAAAAUAGGAAUUGGCAUUUCUAUGUUCACAUAUGACAAUCGAUUGCGAAUUGGUCUGAUCGCCGACGAAGCACUGAUUCCGGAAGUCGACAACGUGCAGGAACUCGUCGACAACGUGUUCAAGUAUCUGGACGUGAUGGACAAGCUCAGUCAGACACUCGUCAACAACAACAACGAGUGCACCAUCCCAAACAAUAAUAUAAACCUCGACGGAUUGGUUUGUAGCGAAAAAAUGCAAAAAAUUCAAAUUAAUUCGUAG